AGUCUUUUGAACGGCUCCUUUGAAAGGAAUGGCUCCUCAAGAUCCGGCUCCCUUCUAAGAGCCAUAAAUCCCAUCUCUAGAAGAGAAGAGAAGAGAAGAGAAGAGAAGAGAGAGGGGGGGAUGGACCGUCGCCAAUGAUCUGCAGGCAGAAAGUGGAGAAACAGAGAUUUCAUAAAUCCAGAUUCUCUCCACGGGCCUUGAAUGCAGCAUAUUGGACUGAGGAUGAGGGGAGACGUGAUGAAGAGGGGCCAGGUGGUUUAGUCCUGUUUGUGUCUUCGUGUCAUCAGGAAGGGUUACAUUAAGAUCCUGAAACACCUUUCAGUCCUGGAUGUGAUCUCUGAAUCUGAGAUCCGGAGCAGAGGAGGACGCAUGAAUUAAACCAUCACACACACACACCUCUCCUUUACGCGCUCGAGCCGGGGUGUGUGUGUGUGUGUGUGUUUGUGUGUGUGUGCCAGAGAGAGAGAGCAGCUGAUGCCAGGAGAAAACCUCCUCCUCCUGUGUGGACGGCAGGAAGGUGGUACCCGACUCGUAUCUGAUCCGGGAUCUGCCUCCGGAGGUGAUGGGCUGCGCUCCCAGCAUCCACGUCUCUCAGAGCGGGGUGAUCUACUGCCGGGACUCGGACGAGUCCAACUCCCCCCAUCAGACCACCACCAUCUCUCAGGGCACCGCGGCCACGCUGCACGGGCUCUUCAUCAAGAGCGAUGCGGCCGAGACCAUCCCCUCAGUCCUGUCCUACCAGGGCAGGCACGCGCGCAACAACUCGCACCGGGAUCGGAAGGAGACCAGCGGGGGACAGGUCCGCAUCGAGGCCGAGACGCAGACCAGCCACACCAGCGUGAAGGUUUCUUCUACAGAAGAAUGUGUUGGACCAAUGAGACUGACUCAGGAGCCCAUUCAGGUCCUGCUGGUUUUCGCCAAAGAGGACAGCCAGAGCGACGCCUUCUGGUGGGCUUGUGACCGAGCCGGAUACAGGUGCAACAUCACACGGACGCCCGAGUCUGCUGUGGAGUGUUACCUGGACAAACACCACGAGAUCAUCGUCAUCGAUGGACGCCACUCGCGGUACUUUGAGGCCGAAGCCGUGUGCAGGUUGAUCCGAGCCACAAAGCCCUCAGAGAACACCGUUAUUCUGGCUGUUGUGCCACAAAAAACAUCUGACCAGGAGGAGCCGUCUGUCCUCCCUCUCCUCUGUGCAGGAUUCAGCAGAAGGUUCUUGGAGAACAGCAGUGUGUCGGCCUGCUACAAUGAGCUCAUACAGAUCGAGCACGGAGAGGUGCGCUGCCAGUUCAAACUCAGGGCCUGUAACUCUGUCUUCACUGCUCUGGAGCACUGUCAGGAGGCUGUGGAGAUCACCAGUGAGGACCACAUAAUACAGUACGUGAACCCGGCGUUCGAGCGAAUGAUGGGCUACCACAAGGGGGAGCUGAUGGGGAAGGAGCUGACUGAGCUCCCGAAGAGCGACAAGAACAGAGCGGACCUGCUGGACACCAUCAACACCUGCAUCAAGAAAGGAAAGGAAUGGCAGGGUAUUUACUACGCCAGGAAGAAGUCAGGUGACAGCAUACAGCAGCACGUGAAGAUAACACCUGUCGUCGGACAAGGAGGGAAGAUUCGUCACUUUGUAGCCAUAAAGAGACCUCACAUAGACAACAACAAUCAGGUUCACAAAUUCAACAAGGAGGAGAGAUGCAGCGGGGAGCAUUCCCAGUCAGAAUGCCAUUCUAUACGUCACCGCGACAGGAGGAAAGACUCGAUUGAAUCCCGAUCCAUCAGCUCUCGUAGCAGCGACGCUCCCAGUUUACAAAACCGCAGAUACUCCUCCGUUGCCAGGAUUCACUCCAUGACCAUCGAGGCGCCCAUCACGAAGGUAAUAAACAUCAUAAACGCGGCGCAGGAGAGCAGUCCGGUGACGGUGGCCGAGGCUCUGGAUCGCGUGCUGGAGAUCCUGAGAACUACUGAGCUCUACUCCCCCCAGCUCGCCUCCAAAGAGGACGACCCUCACACCAACGACCUGGUCGGGGGGCUCAUGAGUGACGGUUUGAGGAGACUCUCUGGGAAUGAAUAUGUCUUCUGCAAAAAUAUGAGUCAGAGCCAGCUGGCGAUCCCUGUCACUCUGAGUGAUAUCCCUCCGUCCAUCGCUGAGAUGCUGAAUGAUGAGGAGUGCUGGGAGUUCAACAUCCUGGAGCUGGAGGCGGCGACACACAAGAGACCGCUGACGUACCUCGGGCUGAAGAUCUUCACAAGCUUCGGCGUGUGUGACUUCCUGAACUGCUCGGAGGCCACGCUGCGCUCCUGGCUGCAGCUCAUCGAGGGCAGCUACCACUCCUCCAACUCGUACCACAACUCCACGCACGCUGCGGACGUGCUGCACGCUACGGCCUACUUCCUGCGCAAGGAGAGGGUCAAGGGUAGUCUGGACAAGCUGGACGAGGUAGCGGCUCUGAUAGCGGCCACAGUCCACGACGUAGAUCACCCCGGUCGGACCAACUCCUUCCUGUGUAACGCCGGCAGUGAACUGGCAAUCCUCUACAACGACACGGCCGUCCUGGAGAGCCAUCACGCCGCGCUCGCCUUCCAGCUCACCGUCCGAGACAGCAAGAGCAACAUCUUCAAGAACACCGACAGGAAUCAGUUCAGGACUCUGCGUCAGGCCAUCAUCGACAUGGUUCUGGCCACAGAGAUGACCCGACACUUUGAACACGUCAGCAAGUUUGCUAACAGCAUCAACAAACCGAUGGCCGCCAUAGAAGAGAGCAGCACCAACAGCGUGAACAGCGACAGCGAGGGUCAGGCCAACAUCAGGAACUCUCCAGAGAACCGCCUGCUCAUCAAGAGGAUGCUGAUCAAGUGUGCAGACGUGUCAAACCCCUGCAGGCCGCUUGAGCUCUGCAUCGAGUGGGCCGGGCGGAUCUCAGAGGAGUACUUUGCACAGACGGAUGAAGAGAAGAGACAGGGUCUGCCCGUGGUGAUGCCCGUGUUUGACAGGAACACCUGCAGCGUUCCCAAAUCUCAGAUCUCCUUCAUCGACUACUUCAUCACUGAUAUGUUCGACGCCUGGGAUGCCUUCGCCACCCUGCCUGGUCUCAUGGAGCACCUGUCAGAGAACUACAAAUACUGGAAGGGCUUAGACGAUAUGAAGUGUAAGAGCCUUCGUCCUCCGCCUCCUUCUUGACCUGCUCCUCCUCUUCAUCUGUCACACCGAGCGGGGCAGGACGGUGAAUGCGGCCCUUGCUGAGGAUCAGACGGAGCUCUGCCCUCCCAGAGAGAGGAGAAGACGGCAGAUAAAAACUGAAGGAUUUCACUGCCUCCUGCAUCGUAGUGAACGAAGCUCUUCAUCACUUCUGAUGUUUGUGUGUAUAUUUAGUUUGCUCUUCGGGUUCUGACGUUUAAUUUAAUGUUCUGUCAAAGAAAUGUGUUGUUGGAAAUAAAACAUUCUUAUAAUAAAA